AUGGCAAGACGAAUAAUAAACCCCGUUUCAGAGAAAAGAAGAGAACUUUCCAUAAACUGCAAGGAAAUGACCAAGGAUGAGCUGUUCGACAUGGAAGAGUGUGCUAACUUCUUGGAAGUGAACAACAGACUGUCAAAGCACAACCCAGAGACACUCCCAGGAGGACCAAUGAACGUCCUCCUAAAGAAGGCAGAGCACAAGAUCGUUUUAGAUAUGGGCGUAGAUGUAAGAAAGUUCUACAUAAAACAGCUCCUCCGUAAGUACCUCCACAAGAAAGGCCUUAAGGACUGGAUACAUAUCAAAAUAGACACAGAGUCUGGUGAAUACGGUCUCCAUUACUACAACUUAAAUGACGAAUAA